AUGGCAACCGGAAUCGAUAAGCCCUUUCUUCCCCACGAGGUCAUCGUCAACAUUCUCAAAAGGCUUCCUGCGAAAUCCCUUGUUCAAUUUCAACUGGUCUGUAAAUAUUGGAAGAAUCUCUUCAAAACCGCAUAUUUCAUUGAGGAGCACUGCCAGUUCUCUGCUCAAAAAGACCCUCUUCUUAUCUUCCAUGCAUUCGGCUGCAGCCUUAGAUAUUCGACCUUAUCUUUGCUUCGUUAUAAGACGGAAUCUGUCGAAAUUGAGAGAAUAAAAGCGACGGAUUCCUUCACUCAUGCUUGUGGUAUCAUUGGUUCUAGCAAUGGCUUGAUCUGUGUGAUACUCAGUUAUGAUGAUGAUGGCGGGUCUCCUCCUUCGCUUUUGUUGUUGAACCCAGCGACUAGAGAGGUAAGGCCAGUACCCAGAACAAUAAAUUAUUAUGGAAGCUGUGGCGUUUAUGGAUGGGGAUUUGGUUAUGGAUGGGGAUUUGGUUUUAGUCCACUAGUUAGGGAUUACAACAUAGUGAGAAUCCAUAAUGCUAGGUUUUAUUUUAAAAAUGGUCGUGCCAGUUUAGACAAUUCCUGUGUUGAAGGAGUGGAAAUGUAUUCAUUAAGAACAGGGUCAUGGAAAGAAGUAGAAUUUGGUCUUAUAAAGAGCGUAAGACUCCAAUAUUCUAAACCUGUCACUGCUAAUGGGACUAUAUUUUGGUUGGGAUUGGAGUUUAAAGAUGAAGAUCAUCCUUUGAUAGUUUCAUUUGAUUUAGCAGAAGAAGUUUUCACAUUGACGCCAAUACCUUCUUCAAUCACUGAUCCUCGUACUUAUGCAAAUGUGCUUGAUGUGUACGAGAACAAACUUGCUAUGCUUCAUGGUUACUAUUCGUAUACGUCUUCUUUUAUGGAUUUAUGGGUGCUGGAAGAGGGAAGUGGUGAAUAUGGGAAGAGUUGGUUUUGGACUAAGAAAUAUAAUAUUGGACCAACUUCAUGUUCGUUAUAUCCAAUGUGCUCUCGGAAGAAUGAAAUAGUGUGUCAAAACAUUGGAAGUGAAAAGAAUGGUAAGUGGGAGGAUAACCCAGCUUUUUAUCUGUACAAUCUCACCACUAAUAAUGAAUUGAAGAGGUUUCGUGUCUCUAUAUCUGUGGAUAGUAUGAAUGUAAUUUUCAAUUAUGUAGAGAACCUUGUGUCUAUUUCCGAUGAGCAUGUUGAAGAAGCCUUGCUAUGA